UUAAAAAAAUAUAUUCCUCGGUACGAGCAGCGGAGCUGUAGCGUGUUCGGGCGAGCCGGGUGCUCCUCUCAGUCCUUGUUUAAUUUCUGAUACACCUCGUAUGAGUGUGUGUUAGCACCACCCGGGUCUUAACGGGCAUCGUCACGUUCUCGUCUGGAGCGGUGCGGCUCAUUGGAUAAAACAAAGACUCCCCAUUGUUAACAGUUUUAGCUAGUCUCCGCUUCGAGUGGCUUUUAAUCCGAGUUUAGGGACACUUGUUGGGACAAAUGUUACUCUGAAUCCUUAUAAGCAUCUGUAAGGAAUCAGCUAAAGAUGGAUCUACGGUUGCUUCUAAUAGCCUCGUUAUCAGCCGUCCUUGGUGGCAGCUGGGCACAGCAAGAGGGAAGCAUCUGCAUCAAGAGGAACGCGCAGUCGUGUGGAGAAUGCAUCCAGGUCUCCGAGACGUGUGGAUGGUGCUCAGACCCAGACUUUCUCGGCGAGGGAGAGCCCAAGUCUGCCCGCUGCGAUGACCUGGAGUCCCUGAAGAAAAGACAAUGCGGCGUCGACAACAUCGAGAACCCACGAGGAAGCGUCGUGGUGAACAGGAACAAUCCCGUCACCAUCCGCAAGAAGGACGUGGCCGAGAAGCUGAAGCCCGAGCAGAUCACACAGAUCCAGCCUCAAAAACUCACCCUGACGCUCAGAUCUGGUGAACCGCAAACAUUCGAGCUGAAAUUCAAGCGUGCGGAGGACUACCCCAUUGACCUGUACUACCUGAUGGACCUGUCCUUCUCCAUGAAGGACGAUUUGGAGAACGUUAAGAACCUUGGCACCGACCUCAUGAGGGAGAUGCAGGAAAUCACCUCGGACUUCAGGAUCGGUUUCGGUUCCUUCGUGGAGAAAACGGUCAUGCCUUACAUCAGCACCACCCCGGCCCGGCUCAUCAACCCCUGCACGGGCAACCAGAACUGCACCAGCCCCUUCAGCUACAAGAACGUCCUCAAGCUGACCAACAAGGGCGACGAGUUCAACCGGCUGGUCAGUCAGCAGCAGAUCUCGGGAAACCUGGACUCCCCCGAAGGAGGCUUCGACGCCAUCAUGCAGGUGGCGGUGUGCGAGGAGCAGAUCGGCUGGAGAAACGUGACUCGCCUGCUGGUGUUCUCCACCGACGCUGGUUUCCACUUUGCUGGAGACGGGAAACUGGGAGGCAUCGUGCUGCCGAAUGACGGGAAGUGUCAUCUGGAGAACAACAUGUACACCAUGAGCCAUUACUACGACUACCCGUCCAUUGCUCAUCUGGUCCAGAAACUGAGUGACCACAACAUCCAGACCAUCUUCGCUGUAACUGAGGAGUUCCAGCCUGUUUACAAGGAGCUGAAGAAUCUCAUUCCUAAAUCAGCUGUUGGCACUCUCUCCUCCAACUCCAGCAAUGUGAUCAAGCUCAUCAUUGAUGCCUACAAUUCUUUGUCAUCAGAGGUCAUCCUGGAAAACGGCAGGCUCCCUGAGGGCGUGUCUAUCUCCUAUAAGUCUGUCUGUAAGAACGGAGUGGUGGGAACGGGAGAGAACGGGAGGAAGUGCUCUAAUAUCUCCAUCGGAGACGAGGUGUCUUUCCAAAUUUCCAUUGAAUCCACGAGUUGUCCGGCAAACAACAAGCCUGAAGUCAUCACCAUCAAGCCGCUGGGCUUCAACGAGGAAGUGGAGGUCGUUCUGAAUUUCAUCUGCGACUGUGAGUGCGCCGCUAACGGGGAGCCCAACAGCGAGGAGUGCGACGAGGGCAACGGCACGUUUGAGUGUGGAGCCUGCAAGUGUAAUGAUGGACGCAUCGGGCGCACCUGCGAGUGCAGCAAAGACGAAGUCCGCACCGAGGACCUGGACGCCAACUGCCGGAAAGACAACGGCACGGACAUCUGCAGCAACAACGGCGACUGCGUCUGCGGCACCUGCGAGUGCAAGAAGCGGGAGAACCCCGCCGAGAUCUACAGCGGCAAGUACUGCGAGUGCGACAACUUCAACUGCGACCGCUCCAACAACCAGCUGUGUGGAGGACACGGCCGCUGCGAAUGCAGGAAGUGCGUGUGCGACGCCAACUACACCGGCAGCGCCUGCGACUGCUCGCUGGAGAACUCCACCUGCCUCGCCAAGAACGGCCAGAUCUGCAACGGCCGCGGUACCUGCGAGUGCGGAAUCUGCAAAUGCACCAACCUCAAGUUCCAGGGGCCGACGUGCGAGAUCUGCCCCACCUGCCCCGGAGUCUGCACCGAGCACAAAGACUGCGUCCAGUGUCGGGCGUUCAACGCCGGCGAGAAGAAGGACACGUGCGAGGAGGACUGCAACUACUUCCAGCUGAUCAAGGUGAACGAUCGCGACAAGCUCCCCCAGCCCACCGACCAGAGCUUCCCUCUGACCCACUGCAAGGAGCGAGACGCCAACGACUGCUGGUUCUACUACACCUACGCCAUCAGGAACGAGACCAAGGAGGUGUACGUGGUGGAGAUACUGGAGUGUCCCGCUGGCCCGGACAUCAUCCCCAUCGUGGUGGGCGUGGUGGCUGGCAUCGUGCUGAUCGGCCUGGCCCUGCUGCUCAUCUGGAAGCUGCUCAUGAUCAUCCACGACCGCCGUGAGUUCGCCAAGUUCGAGAAGGAAAAGAUGAACGCCAAGUGGGACACGGGCGAGAAUCCAAUCUACAAAAGCGCCGUAACGACUGUGGUCAAUCCAAAGUACGAGGGGAAGUGAUGGAGCUUUGCUUUCCUCGUGACAACACUGUACGGAGAAGACGCGGGGCGGGGGUAACGGAUGGAGGGAGGGCGGGUUUUUUAUCGCUCACUGUUUGUUGUUGUUGUAGUCACCAAAUGCAUUUUGCCACUCGGUUUUACUAACAUGUCUUAUUUUGUCGUCUCCUAUGCAUCGUUUGAACUUUUUUGUACAGUCUGUAAAUGCGGGGGUUCAUGUUGUCUGUUUUUUUUCUUUUUCUACGCUGAACGUGCCAGAAUGUCUUUUGGUCGUUUUUUUUUGUUUCAGCACAGGACCGGCGGGAAAGCCUCACUGUGCCUUUUGUUUGUUUUCUAAAGAGAAGCCAUCAGUGUUUUUUUUGGGAAAUGAAAGUUUUCUUUCCAAGCGAGUGAGGAUCCAGUGAUGGAUUGGUGCAGUGUUGGGACGGCGGCUUAAGAUCGGUGUGCCUUUCGUGCCACUCGGCGUUUGGAUCAAGCUCUUCAUGCGUAGCGCCGGUCGGCCGGGUGUGAAAUAUGUACAGCAUGUAAAGGGUUCUGUGUAAAGCCAUACCUGUUACUCUCAGAACCAGACGUGUCUUCUUAAACCAUUGGAACAAUCAUUUGAAAUGUGUACGACUAGGAAAAAAAAAGAAAGAAAAAGAUUUCCUUGAGCUGCCUUUCUAGAUGAGAGGACAUCAGUGUACGGGAGCGUUACUAUUGAAGCUCCGUGUUUUAUUUGCUUAAUUUAAAGCCAACUCAGGUCCUUUAAUUCUUCACAGCAAUGCCAAAUACACCUAAACAUGCCUUUUUUUGCUAACUCAAUUUGCCUAUACUGAAAUGCCUUUGUGUAUCUCGUUAGAUAUGAAUUGCAGGGGAAAAUCCCCAGUUUUUAUGUGUGUGUUUGUGUUUUUUUUAUACAUCCUGGUAAUUCCAUCCAGCUUUUUUUUUUUUUGCAUCUUGCCUUGAUCAAACAUCAACGAUGAAAUAAGAGCAGUGACAAUGUUUCGAGGAAAUCGACGUGGUCUGGUUAAAACAAAGGAAAGAAGGCCGCAUCCGUUGUUUGAAAGUGCCUUUUUUAUGAUUUCUACAACACAUUCACAUUUUAAUUCUGUUUUCUGAAAUUAUUUAUUGAAUAAAUCUUCAAAAGAAUUCACCCCCA